AAAAAAAACUCUGUUUCUGGGAAAAACAACAACAACAACUCAUUGUUCUGUCACCGAUACAAUAGUUUAUUAUGUACAGAAAAAAAAAAAUGGAAGUCAAACAGCUUUAUUAUAGACAAUCCUGUUAAAUCAAGAGAACUGCCCCGAUGCAGUUAAUGUUCAAAUACAUUAGACCUUACAAAGAGAAACGAUAGUUAAUUAAAGGGCCAUUCCUGAACAGAGCAAUCAUGGAGAACUCCAGAGUAAUGAAAGCCGGAGAUGGUCCAAAUAGCUACUUCAGAAACUCCAAAAUCCAGGGGAAUGCCAUAGACCAGACAAAGAGCUUGCUGAUUGAUGGGAUUAUUGAUUUACUUGAGUUACAGAAAGAUCUGAAAGUCUUCUCCAUAGCAGACUUAGGAUGUUCAGUUGGCCCCAACACAUUCAAAUCCGUCGACGCCAUAAUCGACGCUGUAAAGCACAAGUGUGGAACAGAAGACUCUGUUCCAGAAUUCCAUGUCUUCUUCAAUGAUUUGGUUGGCAAUGAUUUCAAUACGCUGUUCAACGCUCUUCCACACGACAGACAAUACAUGGUGGCCGGAGUUCCGGGUUCUUUUCAUGGCCGCCUUUUUCCUAAGUCAUCAAUCAACCUGAUGAAUUCGAGUGCUGCUGUUCAUUGGCUGAGUAAAGUCCCUGAGGUUGUAAGCGCUAGGGACUCUCCUUUAUACAACAAAGGGAGAAUCACGUAUGCGAGGAGUUCUUCCCAAAUCGUUGAAGCAUUUAGAACACAAUUUUACUGUGAUAUGAAAGAUUUCUUCAAUGCGAGGUCAGAAGAACUUGUCCCUGGUGGAAUUUUAGCCAUUCUCAUGCCCUGUAGGCCACAAGGCACUUCGCCUUCUGAAUCGAUGUCAAUACGAGUCACUGAGUGCUUAGGUGAUACACUUGUCGAUAUGGCAAACGAGGGAAUAAUAAACGAAGAUCUCAUUGAUUCUUUCAACUUGCCCUUGUUCUUCCCAAUGGCAUCCGAAAUGGAGGAAAUUGUGACCUCAAGUGAAAAUCAAUUCAUCAUAGAAAAACUAGUGGAGCAACCAGUUGCAAUAAAUUUAAUAACCUAUGAUAAGGAUCAAUAUUCUUCCCAGAUGAGAGCAGUGGUGGAAUCUGUUUUCUGCCAAAGAUUCAGUCCCCAGGUUGUUGAUGAACUCUUCAGAAGAUAUCCUGAGAAGCUUCGAAAUUUAGUGGAAAUUCCCCAUUUUGCUCAGACACAGAACUGGCGAAAGUUAUUCAUACUGCUCAAGCGCAGAGGUCUUUCACCGUAGAGAUGAGACUUAAAAAAAAAACAAAAAAUUUUUAUUACCAAUUUCUUAUGAGUUUGAUAUCAGAAAAAUUAGUAUGAUACUAUUGGAUAAGUAAUUUUGUGGAAUAAGAGGAUUCAUAUCUUGUUUGUUGAUUACUAUUGAUUAACUUCAUUUUUUUUAGUUGAGCCAUCUAAUCGUGUUAAAAAAUAAUUAUCACUAUUUUAUGGAGAUACUCCCUUCAUUCCAAAAUAAGUGUCGUUUUAACAAAAUAGAGAAAUUCCAAAAUAAG